GGGAGAACUGCCCGGAAUCCUUAGCCAUUUGGGUGGGUGGGAGGCAGAAGACUGGCGGUUGAGGGCGCGCGCGGGGUGAAGUGGUGCCUUCGGGGCUCAAAGUGGCGUAGAGCGUGAGGUGGAAGCUUUGGACGUGUGUGUCGUGGAUCGUGGUCAGGUUUCUGGAAGGGGCCGGUGGAGCAGGCAUGCACUGUGUCAGCAUUUUCAUUGAAGUGUCUGGGGAAAUAAUUUGCUGAAAGGAGAUAUGUGAGAUUUAUAUACUGCCCAAAACCUACGUCUGGGUGGUGUACAACAAUUUAGCAUUUGUCUGAAGGAUCAUCUUAAUGAGACAGCCUCAUAAAACCUGUAAUAUAAAUGGAAAAGCAACCUUCCACAUUGAUAAUGGAUGUGAAGUUGCAAAAGGAUGCCCUUGCAAGGCCAAUUAAGUUCACACCCCCAUUGUACAAACAGCGCUACCAGUUUAUUAUACAGCUAGUGAGUAAACAUAAACCUAAAAAGGUGGCAGAUUUGGGAUGUGCUGACUGUAGGCUGCUCUGGAUGCUGAAAUUCUGCAACUGCAUUGAAGUGCUUGUUGGCCUAGAUAUCAGUGAGGAGGUGAUGAAGGAAAAAAUUUCUGUGUUGUUCAACUUCUCUGCUUCUAGGUAUACCCUGUCUCCCCUUCCUGGUGACUAUCUUCAGCCAAGUGAAAGGGCUCUGACUGUUACCCUCCAUCAGGGUUCAGUUGCUCACAAAGACCCCUGUAUGCUGGGCUUUGACAUGGUAACAUGUAUUGAACUAAUAGAACAUCUGGAAGCAAAAGAAUUGGAGAAAUUUCCAGAAGUGGUAUUUGGUUUUAUGUCUCCAGCCAUGAUCAUAAUUAGCACACCAAACUCAGAAUUUAAUCCUUUGCUUUCAGUAACGUUAUUCAGACAUCCAGACCAUAAAUUUGAAUGGAAUCGAGCACAAUUUCAGAACUGGGCCCUAGAUACUGCUGCUCACUAUGGUUAUAGAGUGGAGUUUACUGGAUUAGGAGUUCCACCUCCUGGAAAAGAUGUUGGAUUUUGUACCCAAAUCGGUGUGUUUGUGAGAAAUGAUCUGAAGAACAGAGAACCUGACAAGUUUGAAAAAUGCAGAGAACAUGCUUAUAAAACUGUUUUCAAAGCUGUAUAUCCAAGUCUUAAAGAUGAAAAGUAUUUGCAGAAUGCAGUGGUCGGUGAAGUUUUUCGGACAGCACAACUAAUUGCAAGGAGAAUAUUGGACUGUAAAAUAUCUAACCCUGUUGAAAUAGAACCCAGCUUACAGCCACAACAUUGUUUCCUGAAGUAUUUGGAGCAUUUUCCUUUAGCUGAAAAGGACAACAGAAGUAUGGAGCCAUUUAUUAAUGGAAGUACUGUCUCUAUACCUCUAGAAAAAAUCUUUUCUUUCCCCAAAGUGCAUCACCUUUGUGGUACUUUUGAAACUCUGACCAAGCUCAUAACUGGCAAAGUUACACUGAGCAAGGAUGGGACUGCAGUGCUGAUUGAUGUCGAAUAUGAAAAUGAGGAGAAUUAGCAACUGUUUAUAUAAUGAUGUAAUCUGAUACUUGUUCUUGGCAUGGGCCAACUGAAUGGUGUAGGAGCAUCUGAGGCUGCAGCACUGAUGAAACUAAGUAGGUGUGGACUUGAUCAGUCCCUUGGAUGAGACCCCACUGUGGGAAUCCCUUGUAAACAAAUAUAAAAAUUAAAGAUGCUUUUGGUACUA